UCCAACAUGGAAAAUAGUGAUUCAGAACUAGAUAAAGGUGAAAGUAAAAAUAGAGGUAGAAAAAGAAAGUGUAAUGUAAAGAAAUGGAAGCGAAAUGUAGCAAAAUCAAAACGUGCUCGUGGUGAGGCUUAUGUGGGGCAUAGAGGAAAAAAGAAACCAGGCAGGCAAACAGCUACAAACUGCAAGUGCAAGAAAAACUGCCUCGGCAGUCUGACUAAUGAACGCAAACAUUUAUUCUUGAAAGCAUUCAAUAAUAUAGCAGAACAAGAAAGACAAGAUUCUUACCUUAGUGGACUGAUUACAGUUUUAUCAGUAGCCCGACGAAGAAUAGUAUCCGGAAACAAGUCACCUCGCUGCUUCAGUAUCAAAUACAAAGUUAGGGACGGCCCAAAGCAAAUCGAAGUUUGCAAAAUGGGAUUCUGCUUACUACAUGGCAUUGGUAAGAAGAGAGUGGAAAGGAUUGCAAAGCACAUGUCAACAUCUGUAACACCUCCAACAGAUGGCCGAGGGAAAUAUAAUACCAGAGCAAAUGCUAUUCCCGAAAAUAUCAAACAGCAAGUCGAUAACCAUAUCAGAAGCUUCCCAAGGAGAUUGUCACAUUACAGCAGAGGUAAGAGCAACAUGUAUUAUUUGUCUCCGUUGCUAAACAUAUCACAUAUGUACCAAAUGUAUCUGGAGAAGUAUGAAGUUGAUGUGCAUCAUCGUCUGAAGGAAGGACAAAAAAUCAAACCUACUGUGACGUAUGAUUAUUAUUACAGAUAUUUUCGAAAUAACUUUAAUUAUUCAUUCGGGAGGCCUCGUACAGACAUGUGCAAAACAUGUGAUAUUCUGGAGAACCAGAUAAAUGGGGCAACUUCUAUAGAGGAAAAGAAACGACUUGAGACUGAAAAAAUGGUUCACAUCACUAAAGCAGACAUGUUUUAUACAAGCACGAAAGGUAAGAUACAUGAAGCUGAAAACAAUGAAUUUACCGAUACACUCUGUUUUGACUAUCAACAAAAUAUGCCCCUUCCAAAAGUACCGUCCAGCGAUGCUUUUUACUGUCGCCAGGUUUGGAUGUACAACUUCUGUAUCUAUUCAGCGAAACUCAAAACUGCCCACUAUUAUAUGUAUGAUGAAUGUACAGCAAAGAAAGGCUCAAAUGAAGUUAUCUCGUUCCUGAAACAUUAUUUUGAUAAUGUGCUCAACACAUCGGUAAAGAAAGUCUACCUUUUUUCAGACAACUGCUGUGCACAGAAUAAGAACAAUGCUUAAGUCCAGUUCCUUUUUAGCUGCACACAAAUAGGAAGAUUUGACGAUAUUGUGCAACGAUUUCCAGAACCGGGCCACAGCUUCCUUCCAUGUGACCGGUGUUUUGGUCGCAUUGAAAUAAACAUCAGAAAAACAGAGAGGGUAUAUUUGCCUCAAGAGUACAAAAGUUUGGUGAAGAAAACCUCACCUAAGAAGUUCUUUGUCAUUGACGUAAAACAAGAUGAUGUACGAGAUUUCGUCACACAUUUGAAGCAAAUGUUUCUGAAAAAAGUGAAGGGCACAAGUGUAUUUACUGUAUCGCGUUUCCGUAUUUUCCACUACUCUGGCUCAUCACAAGUUCUGCGAUGUUGCAGUCACCAAAGUGAACUUUACUAUGAAAACUUUAAUUUAAUAAAGGCUAAACAACAACUUUUACUUGAUGCUCCUCCUGCAUAUGUGAUGAAACUACCACUUAAAGAUGCGAAACUAAGGGACACAAUGAAACUCGCAGAGCAGUAUGUUCCGAAGUGUGACAUGUGGUACUACAAUAACUUGAAGUCUGUGGCAACGAUAGAUCUAGAAUGUGGUGCUUCUUGUUCAGACGAUGACUACAUUUCACUGUGAACGUGUAAUAGUUGUUUAUGUGUGUUCAUUUACAGCCAUAUUCUUUCAUAGUACAUAAUGAAGUGUGGUACUUUGACUUGUUACAAUAACAUUGUAUUGUUUAUCUUAAGUUUUGGGUACUUCUCUGAAAUUAAUGUUAUGUAUAUUGAUUUUAUUACAAUACAUAGUUUUUUAAGAGUAGAAAGAGUCUUCUAUCAUGUGGUAAUAUUGUUAAUUUAAAAUACUGUCAUUAAUUAGGGAUUAUACAUAUAUGUAUUAUUAUUUUCAUUAUUUGGAGCAAAAAAGGGAUAACUUCAUUUCACUUAUUAACGAUUUACUUCCGACUUUAGGAAGCAAUUUUAUUGUGAAUGUGGUUGACGAUACACUUUUCCAUACUUUAUAAUGAAAAUGUAAACAAGUCAUGCACAUAUAGUAGCCCCAAUUUUGCAAUACGUUUUUUGUCUCUCCUGUAAAAUUACUGAAAUGUGAGUUAUCCCCUUUUUGCAGCAAGGUCUUCAAUUGUUAUUUUCUUUACGUGUUAAAUUUUAUAUAAUCAUAUAGGCCUACCUAUAUUUUAGUUAUUAUUUUGUACGGCCUUUAUUGUUUUCUAGGCAAACAUGUAUUCCCAUAGUGAUAUAUAUUUUUUUUUAAAUCUUAAUCCAUAUAUAUAUCGUAAAAUAAAGGAAAUUUUGAACUAAGAAACAUUAAAAAUUUAAGAAAAAAAAGAAGAAA